AUGUCAUCCCCGUGCCUCAGCAGCAUCUUGACCAACGCCAACAUCACCAUGUAUCAGACUGGCGGCCAUGACGUCCCACCGCAGCUGCCCAGCAUCAACACCCUGCAGAUCAGCAAUUCAGCAUACAACUCCAACAUAAGCGGUCAGUGGUACAGGGAUAUCAGCCCUCACUUCUGGACGGCAGACAACGUUCUGGACUGGAUCAGCGAUCACGUAGAGGGCACCAAGUUUGACGCGAGCACCCUAAAUCUGGCCUACUGCGCCAUCGACGGCCCCGCUCUCUGCCAGAUGAGCCGGGAACAGAUGAUCGGGGUUUUCGGCACGCAGCUCGGCCCACACCUCCAGCAGAGUCUGCAGGAUCACAAGACCAAAUAUGAGCUGCAGAGCCUGUCGGGACCAGAGCUGAGCGAGACCUGCCAGCUCCUGGACAGCUUCCUGGACAACCUAAACUUCCCUUUGCUCAGCACCAUCAGAAUUGGCCAAGGUGAAGGGUUUGUCACCAACAAGGAGUUUGACUACAGGGAUGAUUGUAUUAGUCUGAACCUGGAGCCCAUGACAUCUCUGAGAGACACUGAGUACCUGUCUGAUAACCAGUCUGACAGCGAGUACAGCUCCUCCUCCAACAGUGGCAUGUUUGACUUAAGCCUCGGCUCACCCGAGUCUGGCAGUGGCGAAUCAGACCCUGAGUUCUCCUUCCCUCGGAUUUCAAAGGCGAACAUCAAAACAGAGAAAGAAGAGUGCCGACUGAAGCGACCACGGGGACGACCUCCCAAAGUCAACAGAGAUCACGGCAGCAACAGCAGCAGCAGAAUGUAUGGCAGUCCCAAGAAAAACAAACACGCUCCUCGUGGCACUCACCUGUGGGAGUUCAUCAGGGACAUUCUGAUCCACCCAGAGAAGAACCAGGGCCUAAUGAAGUGGGAGGACCGCCGCGAGGGUGUAUUCAAGUUCCUCAAGUCCGAGGCCGUAGCUCAGAUGUGGGGCCAGAAGAAGAAGAACAGCAGCAUGACGUAUGAAAAACUCAGCCGGGCCAUGAGGUAUUACUAUAAAAGAGAGAUCCUGGAGCGAGUUGAUGGCCGGAGGCUCGUAUACAAAUUUGGAAAGAACUCGAGCGGGUGGAAGAUGGAGGAGCUUGGCAUGGGCAUGUAA